CUUGAUCAAAUAAAUCUGAUGACAUACGAUUAUAAUGGAGUUUGGAGUAAGGUUACAGCUCCUCAUUCUGCUCUAUUUUGUGAUCCUAGAGCACCUAAAGAAUUGGAUGGCGCAGGUACAUUUAACAUUCAUUCUACAGUAAAAGCUUGGACUCACGCAGGAGUUGAACCUCAAAAAAUUAUUAUUGGUGCAGCUGCUUAUGGAAGAGAAGUAUCUGGAGUUACUCCUACAGAU